UCCUACCGGCCAAUCUGUGUGUUUUUACCUUUCUUACUUUGCCGAAUCAAACAAACUAUUCUAGACCCGGUCUAGUAUAGUUUGACCGGUCAAGUAAUUUACACCAUCAUUUUUGGCGCCAUCCGUGGGACCGUUAAGGUUUCUUUUUCUUCUAAACACAAACCUACCCACGAAGACACCACUCAAAAUGUCUUCCAGUCAACAAAUCAACGCUACUUCCACUCAGGUGCAAGCCACCAAUAAGGGUACAAGCAUCCCUGUGGCUGCUACCCUGCCGGUCAUUUCCGCCCCAGUGUUGCCUUUGGGUCUGAGCUCUGUCCCAAUGCCUAGCGUGGUCAGCCCCUUCACGACCCCCGUCCCUUCCGCUGGACCAAGGGUCACGUUCCCACCAAGCAUGACUCAGUUCAUGAAUGACCCGGCCAACCUACAGGCCAUCCAGGGCUUUGGCCAGGUCAUGGCCAUGUGCCAACAGAAUGGGGGGAUGCCUUUUCUCCCUGGUAUGUUCCCGUUCGCUCUUCCAGGCGCGGGAACCAUGCCCCUACAAGCUCCAAUGGCAGUGACGCCGUUCCAGACGCCGAUGCCGCAACCAUCACCUUUCCAGCCGCAGCUGGUCAGCACCAUAGCCCCUGUCAACUUGACUGGCGCGCUUAACGCUGCAGGGCCAUCGCGUCCCCCGCAAGCGAGGACGAGGGCCUCUCGUCAGGAAGAGGAAGCAGAGAGCCAGCCCAGGUUACCGAUGGUGAACCGGUUAACUAUCCCAAAUGACCGCGUCCAGCAUAUGGAGGCAAAACUGGAAAGGCUGGAGAAGAAGGUCGGGGAAAAGAAUGAUCGGGACAAAUCCCUGGCGGGGUCCCCGUUCACCAAAAGGGUCCAUUUGACACCUUUCCCGCGAAAGGUCAAGAUCGACGCCCCUAGAUUCACCAGGAAGGAAGAUCCGGAAAUCCAUCGGGACUCCUUCAACCAGAGUGCAACCAUGAACGGUUGCACAGACAAAGAAAAGUGUCUUCUUUUCUUCCAGACCUUGCGGAACCGAGCUACUGAAUGGUUCAACAAAUUUCGCCCAGGAAGUAUUGAUUCGUUCAGUGACUUGGCCUCAAAAUUCAAGGCCAAGUUCCAGGAGAACUAUACUAAGAGGAAGAAAUUCACCUAUCUUAGUACAGCCGGGCAGAGGGAGUCUGAGAACCUUACUCAGUUCCUUACCUGGUGGAAGGAAGAGGUAGACAAGGUGGAGGAGAUGGAUGACAAGACCGUCUUAUCUCUUCUCUUGAAUGGCCUGCGUGCCGGGGAACUAUACAAGGAGUUCUGCCGGAAACCCCUGGCCACGUACCAGGAGGCCUAUCACACUGCAUGGGAGUUUGCUGAGGCUGAAACCCAACUCCGGGCGAAGAAAGAAGCUGAGCAUGGUUACAAGCCCAAGCCGGUGCAAGUCAAGAAGGAAGAAGCACCAGGACCUAGCCGGCCAAGACACCACUAUGAUUCGGUCGUUCGUAUGGUCAAUACGGAAGAAUGCCAAGAAAUCCGGAAAGCACUGGUCAUUCUACCAGAGAACCCUACCGGUCAAACAGGACGGCAAUGGUCGGACACCUAUUAUUUGUACCACAGGUCAGAUUCCCAUAACACUUCCGAAUGUAAGAGUGUUAAGGGAGUAAUCCGGCAGAUGAUAGACAGUGGAGAACUGAGCAAGGAUUACUUGCAGAAAGCACAGGAGAAGAGUCAUCAAUGGGUUAGGCCAGCUGCCCCGGGAAAUGACCGGGACAACAACCGGCGGAGGAAUAACCGGCCAAGGGAGCGGCAACCUGCUCCUGAAAAAGAGCAUAUUGGAAUGAUCUUCGGCGGGCCUGAAGGUGGAGAUUCAGCUGCGCAGCGGAAGAAUUGGGUCCGCAGCAUUUACGUUGGUGAAGUAAGUGCUGAACUGGCCAGGCGCUUCACGGGAGAUAUAGUGGAAGCUGAAGGAUCCAUAGUUCUACCGGUCGAACUAGGAUCGGGUGAAAAAACCAUAUGGAAGAAGAUGCGGUUCAUCGUUGUUGACAUCAAAUGCGUCCACAACGCAAUCCUUGGAAGGCCGGGCAUCAAUAAGGUCGGGGCAGUGAUUUCCAUGCCUCACCUGUGCAUGAAGUUCCACACUCCAGGUGGUGUGCGUGAGGUGAAAGGCGACCAGAGGAACGCCGGGGAGUGCUAUGCCGAGGCAGUUAAGAAGAUGACCAAGGGGGUCAAUGUCAUCUCCCAAGAGAUCACAAAGGGAGAGACCCGGGAGAAAUUGGAGCCCGAGGCCGAGACGGAGGAAAUCGAACUUCACCCGGGUGAUUCUUCGAGGAUGGUCAGAAUUGGAGCAAAUCUCCCCGAAGAUCUCAAGGCAGAGAUUACGCGGGUCCUCCAAGAAUACGCGGGCAUAUUCGCAUGGAGCGUGGCGGAUAUGCCCGGAAUAGAUCGCUCUGUUAUCUGCCACCGGUUGGCCGUGAGGGAAAGAAGUCGACCGGUACGUCAGAAGAAGUGGUACCUGGCCAGUGACUGGCGAGCCUUCGUCAAGAAGGAAGUGAGGGACCUCCUCAGUGUUGACCUACCGGUCAACAAACCCGCUGAGCAAUGGUGGGAGAUGGCAGUUAAUGGGGCAUCUGGUCCUAGAGGAUACGGGGGUGGUAUCGUGUUCACCACCCUAGAAGGGUUCAAGAUCUACCAUGCAAUCAUCUUCAACUUCAAGCUGACGAACAAUGAGGCAGAAUAUGAAGCUCUGGCUGGAGAGCUCAGACUUGCCCAAGCCCUGAAAAUCAGCCGGGUCAGUAUCAAAUCUGACUCUAGCCUGAUUGUUGGGCAAGUGACCGGUAACAUGGAAGCAAGAGAAGGACUGUAACACCCUAAUCCGUCCAGGUUUACAACCCCUUCCGAACUAAAGUAUUAACUUGGUAAUCGUAUAAUUUAAAACAUUUCAAAUAACUUUAUUCAUCAUAAAUGAAAUUCCAAACAUAAUUGUAGUAAAUACGAAGUGUUUAA